AUGAAUCAUAGUUGGCUAUCUUCCUCUUCGCCCAUAGCAGUAAGAAGAUUAUCACAAGCUAUUUCUGAUAUUGUUUCAGGCUCUUCAAGUUCUUCUACUGGAAGCAAUUGUCAAUCAUCAAAUAGUCAUUCUUUUCUUCCAACAGAUAAUUUAAUAUUGACUCAACAAGAUCAAGUCGAUUCUUCUGUUUCUUUGAAUAAUAAGCUUUCUAUUGAAUUUGAAAAUGAAGCACAGAUGAUACUAAGGCCUAAUCGAAUUAUUCGAGGAACCGUACAUUUGAAGUUUCGAGCAGAAGAAGUCGCUACAGUCAAAGUAAAAGAAGGUGGAUUAGAAAAUAAAAUUGAACGAAUAGAUCAGGUGAUUACAAGUUAUUUUGAUAUUGUAACUAAAAUCUGGGGAAUAGAACCAAGACCAUAUUUAUCUAGCUUUUGGGAAACAAUUGAAAUAGGCGAGUAUGAAUAUCCUUUUGCGUUAAAGUUUCCAAAUGUGAAUUUCCCUCCAUCAACAGAUGAUCUUGUAGGAUUCUCAAUUCGUUAUAUUUGGUCAGCUCAUCUGGAUGGACCUGUUUAUAAUCCUGGCUUAUGUUCAAGGGACUAUAUUGUACCUUACAGACCCAUCAUCUGCGCUUCUCCUUCAAAGCAAUGGAUAUUUAAACAAAUCAUUUUUCAAUCCUAUAAAAAAAGGCAACCAACCUUAUCUCUUGCCCAUGCCACAGCCACUUUCCCACAACAAUCAUUUUGUCCAGACGAACUAAUCAAUUUUGACCUUCAAGUGGAUUGUAUUCAACCUAAUUUGGUUGUUGCAAGUGUCGAUAUCCUACUUGAGAAACGAUAUAUUGGACAGCUUCAACUUCAACAUGGACUUGCACGUAAAUAUAAAGCAAGAAAGAUCACAGGUCACACUAUCUCAUCUGUGACAGGAAACGCAGGAUCAGUCAAGAUUCCUGUUCAGUUUCUUUUGCCCACGAAACUCGUAUCACCUUCAUUUCAAUCUCGCUAUCUCUGUAUUCAUUAUGCAAUCGUCCUUCGUAUUUAUUUUAAAAAGACAAAGGCAUUAACGACGCAUGAUGUCAAUAGUGAAAAAUGGUCUAUUCCAAUAGGUAUCACCAAUCUACCUUACAGUCAUUUAUUAAACAUACCUCAUUUAACAUCAAUUGAAUCCUAUCUUGAUUCAAAAGAAUCUCCUGUCUUUUUUGAUCCUUCCUUAGAUGAGCCUCCAAGAAGAAUGAGUCAUGAUGAUGAUAAUGAUAAUGAUGAUCUAGACUUAUCAAACUCUUUCUCUAUCUCUCCCACUACUCCAUCACCUCCUAAUUAUUUUUCUUUAACAACAGGUAUCGUACCUUCUCAGUUUAUCCAGAAAGAACGUAAAGAAAGGACACGUUUCACAAGUCGUUUAAUUAAAGCUGGAAUGGAAACACAAUUAGGAGAACCUAUUAAAGUUCUAUCUCUUACAGAAAAUAGUGACUUUUACAUUUGGUGA